CUACGUAGCAAUUACGACGACCGUAUCGAGCAACAUGCCUGACAACGCCGUCGCGCCCAGAACCAGCACUUACAACCGUCUUGUCUUGCUCGCUCUGUCCAUUGGAUCAUUCAACUAUGGGCUCAGCCUUGGUGUCCCUUCGGCCGUCAUAGGCUUAGAGGGGUUCCUCAACUACUUCAAUGUCGACCUGACGGGCCCCAACCCAAGCUACGCAAGCUCCAUGCAAGGCGGCAAGUCCUUCUAUUUCGAUCUACAAUCAGCCUCUGCUAAAGAUGGCGUGUAGCCAUCGUGGGUGUCUUUUUCGCCGGAGGCUUCUUUGGAAGUUUUUUCUUUGCCUGGCUUGCCGACAAGGUGGGCCGAAAGCGUGCCCUCGAUGUCGUCGGUCUCGUUUCGGUAGUCGGGGUCAUACUGUCUACUGCCGCCACCCAUGUGGGCAUGUUGAUUGUCGGUCGUAUCAUCCAGGGUCUCGCUGGCGGCGGUCUGAACGUCAUCUGCCCCAUGUUUCAAUCCGAAAUAUCUGUCGCUGAGCACCGUGGAAGUAACGUCGGCCUCCACGGCUUCCUCUUCGUCUCUGGUCUGGCUACAGCUACUUGGGCUGGCUUCGGAGCAUACUUUGCUUCCGACCCGUCCCUUCAGUGGCGUGUCCUCUUUGCGAUACAAGCCGUCCCCGCUCUGGCCCUUCUCGCGGCAAGAUGGUGGCUUCCCGAAAGCCCGAGAUGGCUGGCCAUGAACGGUCACCCCGAAAAGGCUCUGGAGACUCUGUGCAAGCUCCACGAUACCCCCGAAGACCGAGACCACAAGCUUGCCAAAGAAGAGCAACAACUUAUCACCAAGCAGCUCGAACUCGACUCUCGACACAACACUUCAUGGAUCGGCCUUUUCUCGCGAGCCUCUUCUCGCAAGCGGCUCUUCCUCGGCAUGUUCCUCAUGUUCCUCCAGCAGAGCACGGGCCAGAAUGUCUUGUUUGGCUUCCAGGUGAAUGUUCUCAAUGGUCUGGGUGUCACUGGUUGGAAGUCGCUUCUUGUACUUUCCUUCUACACCACCUGGGCGGCGACACUCAACUUUGUCGGCGGGGCUCUGUUGGACCGACUUGGUAGGAGAACAUUGUAUCUUGGCGGUCUUCUGGGCUGCACUGUUGCCGAUGCUAUCCACACCCCAUUAACCAUCAAAUACGGCGGUACGAGCAACCUGGCGGGCCAAGGUGCUGCUGUCGCCUUCCUGUUCCUAUUCAUCACCUGCUUUGCCCCCGGUAUUGACGUCACUUCAUAUGUAUACGGAGCAGAGAUCUUCCCAACCUACAUGCGUGCAAGAGGUCUUUCAGUGACUAUUGCCACCUACUUUGCCUUUGCCGCUCUCUACGUCUCCGUCUCUUCCACUGCCCAGAACGCUAUCGGCGCCUACUUUAACAUCUGCAAAGCUAACGUACGAACAGUGUUCAUCGGCAUAUCCACGAUCAACUGGAUCGUUGGCUACUUUAUCCUCCCAGAGACGAAAGGCUUGUCUCUCGAGAGCAUGGGGCUCUUGUUUGGUGAGGCUGAUGAGGUCGCGGAGAUCGGUAGGGGGGAUAAGCCAAGAGGCAACCAUACCCCGGAAGAUGUUGAAGCUCAUACUCCGAGUUCGGAGAAAGGUGACGAGAAGAGAGUUCAUGGGGCGCAGAUUUCGAUCCAUGAUGUUUCAUAG